AUGCAGCAAGAGAGAAUAGAUUUGAAAUUUUAUAAAGAUUAAUUUAAAAUGAGGCAAAUAUUGAUCAUAGAGAUAAAAUCUAUAUGUAUUUUUUAUUCAGCCAAAGUAGGUCAAUUUUAAACUUGUUAAAUUUUGAUUGAUGUAAUUAUUUUAUUAUAAUUCAAUUUAGGCAGAUAGUAAAAUAAAUCAUCAAGAUGUAACCAAAGAAACUGCUAUUGCUUAUGCUAAAAAGUUUAAUAGAAAAGAAGUUUUGAUCUAUUGA